AGCAGCAGUGUGACUUCAGGUCUGCACUGAAGCACAGGGACCACGCAGUCUGACGGAAUAUCAUCACACACACACACACACACUUGGAGUUCACUUCCAAACCUGGAUUUGUAUUCCUUUGCUUGCUAAAAUGUUUCAAAGGUGGUCUCUCGCCCUCCAUCCGGUCCUGCUGUGUUGGCUGGCCGCUGCUCUGCAGGUCACAGAAGUGAUGAAGAUGGAUGGAUUUGAACUCUCCGAGACCUCAGCGCCCCUUUUGCCUGCAGGACGAGGCUCAGGUCACCUGGACCUGACAGAGUUAAUUGGCGUUCCCCUCCCUCCCUCCGUCUCCUACCCCGGAUAUGAAGGCCAGCCAGCCUACAACUUCGGGCCCAACGCCAACAUUGGCCGGCUCACAAAGACCUUCGUCCCAGGGUCGUUCUACAGGGAUUUUGCCAUCAUUGCCACGGUGCGCCCGGACACUCCGAGGGGUGGCGUGCUCUUCGCCAUCACGGACUCCGGCCAGAAGAAGGUGGAGCUGGGUUUGGCCCUUACUCCGGUGCAUGGGGGCCUCCAGGGCAUCUCACUGUACUACACCGACAGGGAGCAGGCCUCCAACAGCAGCCUAGCUGCGUCCUUUUCUGUCCCGAUUAUGACUCAACAGUGGACACGAUUCACGGUGGUGGUGGAGCAUGACGAGGUGCGUCUCUACAUGGACUGCAGAGAGGCCGUGAGGACCACUUUCUCGCGGAGCCCCGAAAGACUGAACUUCUCUCACAAUUCAGGUGUUUUUGUAGCCAAUGGUGGAAGCACGGGGCUCGAAAAGUUUUUGGGAUCCAUUCAGCAGCUGGUGAUAAAUGAUGACCCCCGAGCAGCUGAGGAGCAGUGUGAAGACGACGAUUCUUAUGCCUCGGGAUUCACCAGUGGAGACGAUGCUCUGGAUGACAGAGAGACAGAGGGGGUGAAGAAAACACACAAAAGAAAACAUGGCACAGCAAAGGAGGAGGACAGCCUUCCGGUAAUAGCUCCGCCCACUGAGGCCCAGAAGGCGGAGCUUGACGAGGACUCCGGUCACCAGACACGAACAGAAAUGCUGAUCAGAGAGCAUCAGACGGAAGAGGCAGGGGAGAGAUUGGAAGAUGGCAAUAUCAGACAUGGGUCAAAGGGAGAGCGUGGAGAUCCUGGACCCAAAGGCUCACCUGGCCCACCUGGCCCGCCUGGUCGCCCAGGUUACAGCCCUCUACCUGGGCAAGCUCAGCCAGGUCCAAGAGGGACAAAAGGACCACAAGGAACCCCUGGAACCCCGGGACUGCCAGGGAGAGACGGGCAGCAGGGAAUCAAGGGUGAUCGAGGAGAUCCAGGUCAGAGAGGAUCUCAGGGAUUUUCAGGUUUGGAUGGAGAAGCUGGACCUAAAGGAGAGAAGGGAGAACCAGGAGUUGGUCUGCCAGGUCCUCCAGGCCGCCCUGGGACUCCUGGACCCCCCAGAUCACGCAGUGUACCUUAUGGAGCAGAUGCCCUGGGUUCUGGCUUUGAAGAGCUGGACAGUGAAACUGAUCUCAUCAGGGGUCAUCCUGGUCCACCAGGUCCUCCAGGUCCUCCUGGUCCCCCAGGACCCCUGUCAUCAUCGGACACAGUGGAAGGACACUCUCUAGUGCGUGCCGGACCACCCGGGGUCCCAGGCAGAGACGGGCUCCGAGGAAAACCUGGAAUACCGAUGUUUGAUGAGAAUGGGUUUAGUGGUUCUGGGCCCGAGGGUUCAGGUUUGGGCUCGGGGCUCUCUUAUGACCUCGGCUCUGGUUUCAGCUCUGGGUUCAGUCCCAAGUCCAGCUUUGCCUCUGGUUCUGGGCCUGACUUUGGGUCUGCUUGGGGUUCAGGCGAGGGUCCAUCAGGAAGGGAUGGGGAUCCAGGUCUACCUGGAGCAGUGGGAGCAAAGGGUAACCAAGGGUUAUCUGGGCCAACUGGGCCAAAGGGUGAAUGUGGGUCUGAAGGUAAAGCAGGGUCUCCAGGGUUACCAGGGCCCAGUGGUCCACCAGGGAAGAGAGGCCCAGCAGGUCCCCCGGGACCUCCUGGCCCGCCAGCAACCACGUUCUUUAUCGAGGAUAUGGAGGGAUCCGGGAAGAGUGACAUGAGAGUCAGAGGCCCACAGGGCCCCCCUGGCAUACCUGGCCCUCAGGGUGCCAAGGGUGAGGAUGGAACCACAGGUGCUCCAGGGCUCUCUGUCAAAGGUGAGCCAGGGGACCCGGGACCAGAGGGUGGUCAAGGUCCUGCAGGACUACCAGGGGCUAGAGGGGCCAAAGGAGAAACGGGCAUUCAAGGACACAAGGGUGAUCGUGGUGUUGAUGGACUCACUGUUCGAGGACCACCAGGAGCUCCUGGACCUCCUGGACCGUUACUCAAUCUGUCAGACCUGUUCAAUGUAACCAACGGGAACUUCAACUUCACAGAGAUCAGAGGAGCGCCAGGUCCCAUGGGCCCUGAAGGGUUGCCUGGUAGAGCUGGAUUUCCUGGCCCCAGGGGACCAAAGGGAGACCUGGGCCCUGCAGGAGUCCAGGGACCAGCAGGCUUCAAGGGGGAGAAGGGAGAGCCGGGGGUGACCAUUGCUGCUGAUGGGUCCCGCUUAUCCGCGCCAAAAGGCCCCCAGGGACCCAAAGGCAUCAAGGGUGACCGUGGGUUUCCUGGACCUGUCGGUACUCUGGGCCCAAUAGGACCAGCUGGACAAAAGGGAGAAUAUGGCUUCCCUGGCCGUUCAGGACGAUCUGGUAUGCCUGGGAGGAAAGGCGACAAAGGAGACUGUCUUGGUAUACCGGGACCUCCUGGUCCUCCAGGCGCACCGGGACAUCCAGGAAGAAUUAUUGGGCUUAAAGGAACAGUGUUUCCGGUGCGCCCCAGACCGCACUGCAAAAAGGGACGAGAAGCAGUGACAACGGGAGAUUCAGUCAGAGCUAAAGGAGAUAAAGGAGAUGAGGGAAUACCUGGAGAGCCAGGCACACCUGCGCCCGAGAUUCCAGACGGACUUGUGGGUGCUAGAGGUGAUCAGGGAUACCACGGUCAGAAGGGAGAAAAGGGUGACGGCGGUGUGCCUGGUCCCCCAGGACUGCCUGGGAGGUCAGGACUUGUGGGUCCAAAAGGUGAAUCCAUCAUUGGCCCUUCAGGACCUGUUGGUCCUGUGGGUCAACCUGGGGCCCCCGGGUACGGACAACCCGGUCCCCGUGGCCCCCCCGGCCCUGCUGGACCCCGAGGAAUGGCAACUGCACCGGGGGUCAACGUCCCUGGUCCUCCUGGUCCCCCCGGCCCACCCGGAUCUCCGGGAUAUGCAAACCCUGUGACUAUCUAUAAGACGAGCCACGCUCUGAGCAGAGAGACUCACCGGGCCGCAGAGGGAACCUUGGUCUACGUGUCUGAGAAGGGAGGAGAGCUGUACAUCAAAGCACGCAACGGCUGGCGUAACAUUCAGCUCGGGGAUUUGAUCCAAUCUGGACCUUCCACCUCAGCCGUGUCUCAGUCUCUCAGCAGAACUGGAGCUUGGAGUAGACCGCCCAAGACUCAGAGCCACAGCCAGGAGCUUCAAGAGGGCAGUAGAGGAUAUCAGCCCAUCUAUAACGUACUACCACAGACCUUCAACGAUGUACCCGGGCUCCACCUGGUAGCCCUAAACUCCCCUCUGAAGGGGGACAUGCGUGGCAUCCGGGGGGCAGACUUCCAGUGCUACCAGCAGGCCCGCUCCAUGGGGCUGACUACCACCUACAGGGCCUUCCUGUCCUCGCACCUCCAGGACUUGGCAACGAUCGUGAGGAAGGCGGACCGCACCGACAUGCCGGUGGUGAACCUCAGGGGUGAAGUUUUGUUCAGUAGCUGGAUGUCCAUCUUCUCCGGGAAUGGAGGAACGUUUAACCCAUCCACAGCCAUCUACUCCUUUGACGGACGCGAUGUGCUGUCUGACCCCGCAUGGCCUGAGAAGCUGGUGUGGCACGGCUCCAACGCGGUGGGCAUCCGUCUGACCACUAACUACUGCGAGGCGUGGAGGACGGCCGACAUGGCGGUGACGGGCCAGGCGGCGCUGCUGCAGACGGGACGUCUGUUAGGACAGCACACCCGCUCCUGCUCGAACCACUACAUCGUGCUGUGCAUAGAGAACACAUACGUGGGCAACACGCAUCAGAGGAGGACCUGAGGACACGGAGGACUCACACACACACACACACACACACACACACACACACACACACUUGCAGGCACAUACACACACCAUGAUGACACGUCCGCUGCAUGGAAAUUACACCCAAGUACACAGACAAAAGGCACUUUUGUUAGGAGGUGCAGAUAAAAUACACACACGCUCACAUAGUGAAAGCAGGCGCCGACACUCGAGCAGAAAAGAAAUGAACACAUUUCAGUUGCUUUCACUUUACCACAGUCUAGAGUGAUUCCUUAUUCACUGUGAACAUGCAACAGCACAGCAUAUCACCACGCAGGACAUUGGGAUGUACAGUACGUGUUGUUGAAGUGAAAGAUGACUCGGGAUAUCAGGUAGUGUCAUAGGGGGAUCUGAGCAGAGCUCAAUGAUGAACAGACAACCAUAAAUGUGUUAUGUACAGAAGCCCUGAGAGGUAAGUGAAGGUUAAAUCCAUUUACCAAGUGAAUGCGCAACACAAGUUGUGUGUUAGCAAUUCACGUCAAUUGAAAAUGUCUUGGUUGGACAGUGGUGCGCUUCAGCCUCACCUGGAUAAAAUGAUGAAAAUACGAGAAACGACUUAAUCAUGAAAAAGGAUCCCCACUAUUUUUUGCUGGCCCACUAUUUUUUAAAUUAAAUUAAUUAUUCUCACAGACAAGAAAAAAUAACUUAAUAGAAUUUUAAUAGAUUAUCCUGCUAAACCUUUUCUCAAUUUACAAACACAUGUUACUUUAAUCAGACUUUAAUCAGAAAUGGAUCAACAUCAUUAAUUUUUACUCACUUGCUUCUCAGGGCUUCUGUGGUUAUUCUUUACAUAUUUGCUAAUCAUUUUCAAAUGCCUUCCAUAGCUUUAGAAUUCUUUUAGUUGUUUUUUAUAGUUCCAUGCUUUUUUAAACAUCAUUGAAAUCUAGAGUCAGAAAUGGUUAGCUGUAAUAUAGUUUUUAUGCAGGUAAAUGUCACUGAAUUUUGGAUAAAAAUGCUUCAUUUAGGAAGUUUAAUCUCACUUUAAAAACUUACAGUGUUGUAGUUUAGACUCCAGAGAUGUGUAUCAAAGCUAGCUGUUGUGAAGAAACAUGCAACAUUCACUCUGCAGAGCAGACUUCAAGUUUUCAGGAUAUGCAUUGAAUAAAACAUUUUUUGUAAAAUUC